UGUUGGUGGCCUUUGGUGACUAUGUGGCCUUUGAUACUGAUCAGCUUCAUCUUACAUCUUGGGCCUUCCUUUCAGCAGUUUCCCCGGUUGUGCGCCACACAGGAGGCCCUGCGCUCAAAGGAGUGUUGCCCAGUUUGGGAGGGAGACGGCUCGGCUUGUGGAGCCAGCUCUGGCCGCGGGUUCUGUCAAGACGUUGAGGUCUCAGACCUGCCCAAUGGGCCGCAGUAUCCAUUCUCCGGGCUGGACGACAGGGAGAAGUGGCCUUUGGUCUUUUACAACCGGACCUGCCAGUGUGCAGGUAAUUUCAUGGGGUUUAAUUGCGGGGACUGCACGUUUGGUUAUUUUGGUGUUAAUUGCAACGAGAGAAGGGAGUCGCUAAGAAGGAACAUUUUGCAUCUGUCAGCACACGAGAAGCAGAAAUUAAUAUCUUAUCUUAACCUGGCCAAGAAGACCAACAGUACGGAUUACGUGAUCCUCACGGGCACUUACCAAGACAUGGCCAACGGCUCUAACCCUAUGUUUGCCGACGUGUCGGUGUAUGAUGUGUUUGUGUGGAUGCAUUACUAUGUUUCAAGGAACAUGUUGAUGGGUCCUGGUAAUGUGUGGACCAAUGUAGAUUUUGCCCACUGGGCCCCUGGAUUUCUCCCUUGGCACCGUGUUUACCUGCUCCAUUGGGAGCACGACAUCAGGAAACUGACCGGAGACUCGAGUUUCUCUAUUCCGUACUGGGAUUGGAGAGAUGCGCGCGGCUGCGAUGUAUGCACCAAUGACUUGAUGGGCGACCGGAGUCAACGAGACCCCAACCUUCUUAGCCCAGCAUCUGUCUUCUCUUCCUGGAGGGUGCUGUGUUCUCGAGCAGCAGACUACAAUAGCAGGGGGGUGCUGUGUGACGGCACUGUGGAGGGGCCACUGCUUCGAAACCCUGGUAACCACAACCGAAACAUUGCCGAGCGUUUACCAACCACGGCAGAGGUGGAGUUCACGGUCAACCUACCAGAUUAUGACACGGGAGCAAUGGACCGCACCGCCAACAUGAGUUUCAGAAACACCCUGGAAGGUUUUGGGAACCCUCAGACAGGUGUGGCAGGCAGUGUUCGCAUGGGCAUGCAUGCUUCCCUCCAUGUCUUCAUGAACGGAUCCAUGUCUUCUGUGCAGGGCUCUGCCAAUGACCCCAUAUUCUUGCUGCACCAUGCCUUUGUAGACAGUAUCUACGAGCGUUGGCUGAGGAGGCAUCGUCCAGAUCCGAUCCAUUACCCGGAGUUCAACACUCCGAUUGGCCACAACAGAGAGUACCACAUGGUACCAUUCCUGCCUCUCCACAGGAACAGAGACUUCUUCAUUUCCAGCAAGGACCUGGGCUACGAAUACUCCUACUUACUGGGUUUCAACCAGCAACUUGUGGAGUCCAUGGGCCCCUACCUGGAGCAGGUUCGAGAAGCGUGGCCCUGGAUGCUUGGGUCUGGGCUUUUAGGGGCCCUUAUUGCCUUGAUCGUGGCUGCAGUGACCUUGACUGCGGCUAGGUUAUGUCAUGGUUUGUUUAGGCAAUUUGAAGGGAAGAGCUGGAGACUGUUCCUCCUCCCUGAGAGACAACCCCUCAUCAUCAGCUCUGACUCAGAGAGUUAUACCUACCAAAACUACAGGACUGCAAUGUGAAGACUGCUGCACUCCACCUGUUGGUGGGAAACUUGGACACAAAGGUCCUUAACCACGGUACAUGUCACCCUCAUCUCCUUGCCAACCCCAACUGAACGAAUGACGAUUUCAUUUCAAAUAGCCUGCAGUAUUAUUUUAACCACCACUUCAUUUAAUUACUUUCUAUCCUGUAAAGGUAAGGAGAAAAUGUAUGAAGAUAAAACACUUCUCUGCCACAAUGUAGGCUGCCAGAGCACAUCUGCAGGAGCAUGGACUAGGUCUCAUUCCAAGCAGUCAAUAACUUAUAGGCUCUUCCAGACACACCCCACUGUUAAAACAAUCCUCAAACUCCUGACCAUUACAGAAGGAAGCCAAAACUAGGCUAGAUAAAAGAGGUAUUCUUUGUAUUGGGUUGAUGGUCUACAGUAAAAGGCAGAGGAAUUUCUCAAUGUCUCUUACAAUGAAUUUUGGAUGAUACUGUGUAGUAAUUAAACAUUUGUCUCUGAAACUGUGUUCACAUUGAACUUUCGACCAUGUACUAAAUAAAAUAUUUAGCACUGAACUGAGAAAAAAGUGUGUGAUGGAAAAAUUAAAGUCCACAGCAGAAGAGGGUUUUGGGGAUAAACUAUACAAUCAUUUUCAUAAUGUAUACAUGACUUGCUUGUAAAAAAAUUAUUUUUGGUAGAGAAUGUUUCCUGACUAAUUACCGCCUUGUCUUCCCCCAUAUUUUUUAAUUUUCAGCUGGUGGGAAACAGCGCGCACAUUCCAAGCGCAUACAUUAAAAUGGACAAUCAAUGCAAAUUUAAUUCACAAGAUUUAAACCAUGCUGACAAGGUCCUUCAAGGACAUGUAUUUGAAUGCCAGGUUAAUCACGUUGGAGGGUAUGAUUUUGCACAACCAAGUAUUUACCUUGUCCUUGCUUUGACAAAAGGUGUUUGACAAAAGGUUUUUGACACCGUCUGAACACAGGCAUCCUGGGCAUUUGUGAAUGGUGAUUAGAAAUUACACAUGGGAGGGGUAUCAAUCAACUGUUAUACAACAUCUAUUCAGUUGUCACAACAAUUCAUGCAAACGAAAGAACUCGAAAA